AUGUUUUUGGAGAUUAAUCUUUUGAAGUGCUACAAUAAAAGUUUCAUUUCAGAUAUGAGAUCUUUGUACAAAGACUUAAUUUGGCUGUUGGAAACCAACACACUGAUUGAAUCUCAUCAACUUAGAACAAAGAUGGAAAAAAGCUUUCUUGGUGACAAACGGACAGCUGGUGAUAAGUUACAUAAAGCAAGAAAUUUCACAGAAACAAGAGUGUAUGAGAACCACAAUGUACGUGUGAAAUACAGUUUUUUAACAAAGUGCUACUCAGAAGAAGUCAAAAAUAUGCUUGGAGCCAUCAAAUCUGGAGCAUCAUAUUGUCCUGAUGUAGUAGUUGUGAAUUCUUGCUUGUGGGACAUAUCACGAUGGGGACCCAAUGGUGUUCCUGAGUACAAAGACAACAUGGUGAAGCUAAUGAGACUCUUCAAGUCAUGCCUUCCAAAACAAACUUGUGUUAUAUGGAUGACAACACUGCCAAUAUCGGCAUCGUGUAGGGGUGGAUUCCUCAUAAAACAGGUUGAAUUUCUACGUCACACCAUGCGAUUUGAAGUAAUGGAAGCAAAUAUGUAUGCACGUGAUGUUGUUGCCUCAUUUGGGUUUGAUGUACUAGACGUACAUUAUUACAUGCGAAUGCAAAUACACAGGAGAUCAAGUGAUGGUGUCCACUGGCUUCCCUCAGCAAUGAGGCAUAUAACUAAUCUAUUAUUAACACAUAUUGCUCUUGUCUGGAACAGGACACUGCCCGGGAAUUUCAGUAGUUUGGCCUUGGAAAAAGCAAAAGUGCUCACUGUGAAAGAGAAAAAAUGUGAAUUUAAAUUACCUGAAGUUCCAAACAUAUUCAUCAGGGAAAAGCAGUCAGAUUUGUACUUGUCUGACAGGGUGAGCACCGCAACACCUAUUCUACAGAAGACAGAUAAUUCUUGUCUGUUCAAUUCCAAAGAGCUGCGACAAUUUUGUUAUUGA